AAUGCAAGAAAGAAAUUUGUACACAUUUGCAGCAUUAGCUGCUGUACUUACAACACUUCUAUUGAAGUACCUCCUUGGCUCUGAUGUUUUCACUAUCACCGCAGAUAAAGCUUUAUUAUCCACUUCAUACGAAUUUCAACCUGCUACUAUACAAAUAAAUAAGAAAACUGGUAAGAUUCUAGAUGUUUUUGGUGGUAUUCGUAAGGAUAAGAAAGUCGGUAAAUCAAUCCACUAUGGUAGCUCACAAUUGUUACUUCCUGGUUUAGUUGAUACACACGUACAUAUUAAUGACCCUGGAAGAUCUGAAUGGGAAACUUUCGAUAGUGCAACUAAAGCUGCCCUUGCUGGUGGUGUAACAACUUUAGUCGAUAUGCCUUUGAAUUCUAUUCCACCUACAACUUCAGUAAAGGGUUUAGAUGAAAAGAAAUCUGCUGCUCUUGGUAAUAUACACACUGAUUUGGCUUUCUGGGCUGGUAGUGUACCUGGAAACACUAAAGAAUUAUCAAAACUUCUCAAACAAGAUGGUGUUAAAGGUUUCAAGAGUUUCAUGAUUAAUAGUGGUGUAGAUGAAUUCAAAUCAGUUUCUCCAAAAGAUAUCGAAAAAUCAUUCAAAGAGUUAUCAAAGAGUGCAAACAAAGGUCACAACGUCACCAUGCUCUUCCAUGCAGAGAGCAACUCAAAAAAGAUUGACAAGCAAAUCAAGAAAGACCUUGCUGGAAAAGACAGUCGUCAAUAUGAGACUUACCUUCUGACACACCCAGUUGCUUAUGAAUUAGAUGCAAUCAAAACUCUCAUAAAACUCAUGAAGAAAUAUCCAUUAAUUAAUGUUCAUAUCGUUCACCUCUCAACUGCUGAAGCUUUACCAUUGAUUAGACAAGCAAGAGCUGACGGUCUGAGAUUAACUGUUGAAACCUGCUACCAUUACUUGUAUUUCAACAGUGAGGAUAUACCAGAUGGCUCAGUUAAACACAAAUGUGCACCACCAAUCCGUGACAGUGAAAACAACAAAUUAUUAUGGAAAGCUAUAAAAGAUGGUGAUAUUGAUUUAAUCACUUCAGAUCACUCACCUGCAGAUGCGCUCACCAAAAACCUUGAAGAAGGUGAUUUCUUGAAUGGUUGGGGUGGUAUUGCCUCAUUAGGUUUAGGAUUACCUGCACUCCACAAGAAGAUUUCUGAAGACACUUGUGAAAACAACCUCUCCUUGGGUGAAUUAGUCGAAUUCUUAUCACACAAACCUGCUACUCUCGCUGGAUUAGGUGAUCGUAAAGGUCUCAUCCAAAAAGGUUAUGAUGCAGAUUUUGCAAUCUUUGAACCAAACUCAACACAUGUUUUGCAAGAACAAGAUUUACUCUACAAGAACCAAAUUUCACCAUAUGUUGGAGAAGAAUUUAAAGGUCGCUUAUCAAGAACCUACCUUAGAGGUGUUAAAGCAUAUGAUAGAUAUCAAGGGGGUGUAUUAGAACCUUCGAAACAUAGGGGAAUUGUUGUUUAAUUUAUACUACUAAAAUUUUGAUGAACUUACUAAUACACGGCUUAUGUAAAGUUUUUAUAUUAUAAAUGAACGAUUUAUACCACUUAUUCUAAGAUAGAUGUUUGUAAACAGUAAAUCCCGUGGAAUCGAUUGUAAGAUAACUUAUUUUUCUAUCGACUUUUAUUGACUUAUGUCAUCAUAUUGCUACCUUUUUUAACUGCCAUGGCUUGGGCAACUACAAAAGACAAUUGCGAAAUUUACUAUGAAGAUAAAGGUGCCGGUCCGGUAUUAGUUUUUGUUUCUGGAUUUAUGGGGAUUGCCGAUAUAUGGCAUAACCAAACAAAGGAACUUCUUGAUUAUCGCUGUAUCGAACACGACAACCGAGGAUACGGUCGUUCAAGUAAACCCGAAUCUCCAGACUCAUACAGUAUUGAACAGCAUGCAGAAGAUUUAAAAUCUGUUCUUGAUGAUGCCAAGGUCAACGGACCGGUAGUUCUUGUUACCCACUCAAUUGGAUCAGCUAUCGGUACUGCUUUUACAUUAGCGCAUCCUGAUAUGGUAGCUGGUAUCGUCUAUACCGCUGGAAAUGCUUACGGCAACCAAUUCGUUAAAGCUGGUGUAACUGAAAAAGCGUUAGUAGAAGGUGUUUCAGGUCCAUCCGCAAGUUAUAGAUUCUUCAAAAACUUUGGACUAAACGAAGAAAUUGCAGUGGAAGCUUCAAAAUGGCCAUUACACGGUUUUAAAGGUAAUGCAAAAGCACUUAUUAACUACAAUCCGGGUAAAAAAGAAUAUUCUACAAUUAGUGUUCCCGUUUUGAUUAUUCAUGGCGACAAAGAUAUCGUUAGUCGCUUGGAUCCAUUUGCUACAGAAUUAAAAGAGCUCAUUCCUAAUGCUAAGCUUGAAGUACUGAAUGGCGUAAAUCAUUUCCCUCAAGCAGAUGAAGUCACUUCUCUUAUCAAAGAACAUUUACAGUUUUGUUUUUGAUUAUAAAUAGCUUACAAUUAAUGAUAACUUUUAGUAUUUCAUGAGCUGAAACACUUGAAUCUUACUUUCCUUGCGUUUACAAAUAGCGACCAUUAAGAACAUGUAAACAGAAAACCUGUGAACCGGCAGGCAGGCCUGUUCUGUGAAUUAGUUGUCUGGAUUUUCAUGUCUGUCUAUAUCUAUAUUGAAGUUCAGUUUCUUCAAAUAUGCAGUCAUAUUGUGACAUCUUGUGAGAUAAAAAGUCAGUUUGGUCGUAAAUGGAGUCUUAGCUUCUCCAAAUACUUGUAGAAUAUCAAAAAGACAUUGAGUCGAAAUAACACGAUCAGAUUCUUCAUGAACUGGUUUUAAUGGUUUGAGAAGACACUUCGUAUCAUCGAGAAGUAGAUCUAAGAACUCCUUAGUACGGAUUUCAGGAGGUAUACGACUCCAUAUGCUAUGUACAGCUUCUCGAGGAUUAACGUAGGCGAAAUUACUUCUCUUUUCUUUCAAAAAAGGUAACAACCGUGAUAGUUCUCCUUUAGCAUCCCUUAUAUCCCUAGAUGUGUUUUCUAAAUCUGAUAAAUAGCGUAAUCCGAACCUUCGCAAAAUGAAUGCGUAAGAGAACAUGAUAGCAACUAAAUUUGAUGAGAGUAUUUCGCCGCCUGGAUGUAAAUCAAAGGAUUUUGCUUCUGGUUUAUCUAAUAGGUCAUCUGAUUCAUUUUCACUGUUGUUAUCAUCAUCUAUAUACCACGGAUGAAAAGAUUGUUGAUAAAGAUGAAGUAAUCUAGUUAAAGUAGCAGAAUUUGAAGGAUUCGUUAAAUUCUCAAAUUGGU